AUGGCAUCACCCGCUAGAAAGAUGAUGAGCUACCGAAGCGAGGUCAACGUCCUGAAAAAGAGGGGUGGCGAUUGGAUUGAGCUAGUUCACACUUACCUCUCCAGAACUCAGGAAGCUGAGACAGACUGGUCCAAGCGACGACUGUACAUCAUAGACGAGGCCAGCCUCGAGGUCAAACCCAACGGUCUCGUAUGGGAGGUGCUUCCCUACUAUGGCGAGAAGCCAGGGGAUUAUUCCCUUCCCGAGAGCGGUCUCAAGCCCGAGGAUGAGCCCCUAGCCAGUGGCAACCGCCUCGUAGGACUUAUCAUUCAAGAGUACCGGCGCCGAAGCAGGGAGAUGAACAAGGACGAUAUCGAAACCGCGCUCACUCAAGUAGAGCUCGAGGACAUCGAAAUCACCGAAACGGCCAAGGUUGUCGAUACGCUCCUGGAUUAUUUCAGGGCUGUCUAUUUCUGGCCCACGUCAAAUGUCACUGUCUGUAAAUAUGAAGACCUUGAGGAGGAGAAAGAAGAGGACGUCCGUCGCUACGCCCGAGCCGUUCACGAGCUUGGCACACCACGCAAUUAUCAUAAUAAGAAGCCCGCUAACGAGCCGCAUUACGACAGUGAAGACGAGGAAGAACAGCCCGUGCCCAAGUCCAAACCUAUUUACAAGCCCAAACUACAGAACAUCUCGGAGGUGGAGGAGGAGCAGCCCGAGGCAGAAAAGCGUCCGGCAGCGCUUCUGGUUCAGAAGUCAAGAAAGAGGUCGCAGAUAAGAUCGCGGAGCGGAGCUGUCGGUGCCGCCUUUUUCGGCCAGAUACUGGCAGAAGGAGGCUGUAUUCGUCGCGCGACGGCUUGUCGGGAAGAUUGA